AUGGAGGAUGUUAACCCUCCUAUCAAGAGUAAUCUCAUGCCAUUACCACCAGUGGAAAAGAUUAAGCUGGAAAUAGUCGAAAAAGAAAAAGACUCCAACCUCCAAAAGUUUCUUAACUACUCUUUAGAAAAAGAGCGAAGAAAGCAUCUUAAUAAGCUUAAUAUCAAGAGAGCCCAUGCAGCCUGCAGGAAAACACAGAUGGAACUAUCUUCCCUUCCUGUGCCAAGCUAUCCCCCUUUCAUACCAAAUUUUAUGGUUAGCGAAGAAUUGAAAUUGGCCAAAAACUUCAAAAUUAUGAAAUCAUACAUCGAAAGUAGCACGAUACCUCAAAUUCAAGAUAGCUGGCUCCGAAACAUACUAGCGAAAGUUCCAAGAAGACUUAAAACCGGGAGGGAAGAUGAGCUAAACGACGUUUUGCUUGAAGUUAGAGAAAACUUUGUGGAAAGUUUGAAGAAAUCUUUAAGUAAACAGACUUUAAAGAGACCAAACCUUCCUCAUCUUAAAGAUGAUGACUUAUCACUGUCACCAAGAGCACCUAAAGUCAUGAACUUUUCAAAGUCAUUGCAUUCAGGGUACGUACAACACAGGAAGGAACUAGCUUCUAAGCUAAUGAUAUUACAUACUCACAUGCAGAAGAUUCUGGGUCUCUGCUAUCAAGAUCUACAUAAUAUUAAGUUGACCGACGUCCCAAAAUACAGGGAGCUAGGCGCUAUUGAUUUUGGAGAUCUACGGAUCAGAGUAAAACAGGAAGUCGAAUCUAAAUGUGAUUAUGUACUACAAAAGUGGUAUCUGAAAGUGGUUCAACUGUUUAUGAACAAAAUUUCAGCACCAAAUCUGAAACCAAACGCCGUUGAAUCCUUUAACAAUUGUGUGUCUACUCUGAUGUCCAUUCAGCUGAAGCAGUUUUUGCAGAGUAACUUACUACAGUGGGUUGAUAUUUUUGAAGAAGAUCAUAAAGAACUUCUACCAGUCUUAAAAAUGUAUCUUACCUAUGAAGACCAGAAGGUUCUUUUCUAUCCUAGCUUUGCAGAUCUUGAAGAAUUAAUAUUUUUUAUCACUGGACAGAUAUGCAACUCCCUUCAGAACAUUCAAACCAUUCAAAGCUGGUUAAAUUCAUUACCAGUUCCUGUUUACAUAGAUGCUAAAAUUCCAUCGGAUGCAUAUGAUACAUGUAAACGUAAACUUCAAGAAGCUGUGAAACGCUAUUUUGAAACACCUUAUCAAUAUUUCAUCAAGGUGAUUGUUGAACCGUACUCAUUUAUAUUUGACGGUGGGGAAGCAAAGAGGGUUGAGGAGUUCUUACAAAGAGAUAAACAAUUUGAACAUUAUUGUGAGUACAUAGCUAAGCUGCAUGACCUAGCGAAUGAAAUUAUGACCUUGCCGAAUGCAGAAUAUUUUGAUUUAAUUCGACUUGACUGCGAAGAUGUUAAAGUUGGCUUGUCGAAAGAAUGUCAUCGUUUAGCGAAUCUGUUGUUGGAUCGAGUAGUUUAUGAUUUCAGGCAAAAUAAUGAUGAAAUUUGUGCUGCUUUCGAAGAAAUGCGCGAUCGUUGUCGUACAGUGCCACAGAAUAGUGAAGAAUUAAUUGAUAUGAUUCAAUAUAUGGAAGAAGCAAGAUGUCAGGGGAUGAUUCGCAUGACAGAAAAGAUUUCUUUAACUGUGGAAUAUUUAAACUAUCUUCUUGACGUUUACCUAUUUAGUCCAGAGGAUAUUGAAAAGAACAGUGCAGUUUUAACCUGGAAGAAACGAAUUUAUCCUGAGUUUGAUGCCAAUGAUAAGCUUCAAGAACGAAUGCGUACUGUCGGUGAAGCGGCUGUUGUAACUAGACGCGAAAAAUUAAUAACUGAAAUAAACAGGCUAAAGAAUCGUGUCGAUGAAUUCAAUGAUUAUGGUGAAAUGGAUAGUGAAAUGCAAAACCAAUAUGUACAAGAUGUUCGAGGAGUUCUAAAAAGACUUCAGGAUGCUGAAAAUGAAAAAAUGUGGAUCAAUAAAGAAGAAGAAUUAUACAAGCUCACAAUUAGUCAGUAUCCGGAAUUAGAAGAAAUACGUAAUUUAACAGAACCAUUCCACAGACUAUUUACAACUGUAGUUAAAUACAGUAAAUCAGAAAGACGGUGGCUGUAUGGCGAAUUCGACAAACUAAGUGCUGAAGCGAUUGAAGCCGAAGUCGAAGAAUACUGGCGUGAAAUAUACAAACUUCAGAAGAUCUUUACAGCAAGAGUUAAGAAAAUGCGUAUGGAACUGGAUGAACAAAGAAAAUCAAGUAAAAAACGAAGGCAUUUGGCAGGCGCUGAUAUAAGUGCCACAGGUGUUGAAACUGAAGGAAAAGAUGUUCAUUCUCUUGCAGAAAAAAAGGAAGAUGAGAUCGAAGAAGUUAAGCCACCUGCGGCCUUGGAUAUAAUUAAAAAUAUUCAGGACCAAAUAAAAAGUUUCAAGGAAAAUAUACCGGUUAUCGCUAUCCUAUGCAAUCCAGGUAUAAGGAAACGACAUUGGGAUGCAAUGUCACAGAUAGCCGGAAAAGAUCUUACACCAGACAGUGGGACAUCAUUGGCUAAAAUAUUACAAAUGAAUUUGGAUCCAUAUAUGGAAGAAUUCUCGAGUAUUUCAAGUGGUGCAAGUAAAGAAUUUACUCUGGAAACAAAUAUGAAGAAAAUGCGUGAUGACUGGACUGAAAUAUCCUUUGGUUUAAUAGCUUAUCGAGAAUCUGGAAUAAGCAUACUUGCCUCUGUGGAUGAUACACAACAAAUGCUAGAUGAUCAAAUUGUUAAACCCAAACAAUGCGUGGAUCACCAUUUAUUAAACCAUUUGAAACAGAAAUUAAGGCAUGGGAAGAACGUCUUCUACACAUACAGGAAACAAUUGAUGAAUGGUUAA